AGUCCAUGCAAGAUAAUAAACUGAGAUCCAUGUAAGAGGUCUGUUAGAUUGAUAGAUAGAUAGAUAGAUAAGAGAGAGAUGGGAAGGUCGGAGAUGGAUGGUAGGUGCAAGAGGCAUCCAGAGAACGGGCAGUCCAAAGGGGUGUGCCCCUUCUGCCUCAGAGAGAGGCUCUCUCAUAUUUCAGCCCCUUCUUCUACAAGUACCACCAACGCUUCUUUCACCUCUUCAUACUUUUCUGACUCCAAUCUCUCUAAUUCAACUAACUCCCCUCCUCACCAAGACACCAAGAUCACAUGGCUCUCCCUUCUACUCAAAGGAAACCCUGGCAAAUCCGAACCACUGAGGAAGAGUCGAUCCUUGGCUUUUGUGAUGAGAGAGGAAGAGAAAGGGAUGCAGAAAGCAGAGGGGAAGAAGGAGAAAGACAAGAAGAAGAAGAGGAAGAAGAAAGGAAAGUUCUGGUCAAAGCUGAUGAUUGGUUCAGAGAGUAGAAAGAAGGAGAUGGACGGAAGCUUGUCGCACUCCAAGACCAUGAAGGAGAAGCCUUCUGCCAAGUGGGUAUUGUUCUGAUCCUCUUCUUGUUUCAACUUGUAUAGCGGCAAUAAGAUAAAGCAUCACCAAAAAGACUGAUUCUUAGCAUGAGAAGCUAUAGUUGUCGUGGAUAUGUGAAAUUUAAAGGAUUGUAUGUGAUGAGAAACCUUCAUCUUUUGAGCAUGAGAAGGUGGAGAACUUCUAUGUAUUCAGAAUUUGAACAAUUUGUAUGUCAUCGUUAAACUCUAUUUUGUAGCCAGCACAAGCUGACUGGGUUUAAUUUUUGAUAGUGCUGACAAGGUUUAGUGGAGAUCAGGGAUUCUUAAACUUUUGCUUGCUUUAAUUUUCUUGUGCGGAUCAUUACUUGUUUAAAUGUGCUGCCUCUUACUCUCUGUAGCUGUUUCUUGCCUUUUGCGCAAUGGACGCCUAAGGUACAUUCCAACAGGUAAAUUUUUAGCUGUGGAUGGUGCAAUACAGAGUAAGACAACCACUUCUAAAUCAUACAACUAUAUCUUCGACACUGAUUCCUCAAACC